AUCGAGACAGGGAGCGGGAGAGGGAGAGGGAUCGCGAGCGCGAGCGCUUGAGAUCCGGGCAGUAUGGCGUCUUUGCCGGUGGCGGAGGCGAUCAGCCCGGCGGAGGCGGCCACCAAGGCGGCGCUGGCAGCGGCGGCGGCGAUGCCACUGGCGUGGAUCUUGGGGGUGGCGGUGUAGAAGGCGGCACCAUUGGAACGUACUAUCUAGGAUCUCAAGCGACCUCGGCUAUGGAUCAUCUGGCUGGCCACUAAGUCCUUGCGAGAGAUAUUUGUGACGUCGCCAUCGCGUGCUUGCUCGCUUUUAUCUUCAAAGGAGAAGCGAGAAGAGUGACACCGCCCCAUAGAGAAAUUAUUUCAUUCAUCAAUCUUCACGGGUUUCGAGCAAAAUAUUGUUUUACCUAGGGUCCGCUCGAUCGAUGGCGGUGCGUCGCCGGCGCUAGGCGCGAGGCGCGCGGCGGGCGGGGCAGCGGCGCGGUAAGAAAGAUUGCGUGACGGUUUGGGAUUAGAAUUCUCAUCUGGGAAAGAAGACAGAAAUUCUCCGAUUUCUUCCUCCGCCCUGGUUCCUCGAUUUCCUGCUGUUCUUGAUCGAUCCGGAGCGCCAAUGAAGCAGCUCGUAGAUCUCCUCCACCGGCGCAAGAAGGCUUUCUUGAUCGCCGCGGCGCUGGCUGCCGGGGGCUGCGCGUCCUACUCGUAUUACCGCUCGGAGUCGUUUCAGAGAAGGAAGAGGCAAGUAAUUCUCAUCUUGGAUGGAUUGGGGAAGCUGCUCCAGGCGGCGGCCAGCGCUGCCGACUCGGCGUCUCUCAUCUCCGGUGAUCUCAAGGAUUUUCUGGAAUCGAGCAACGAAGAAGGCGAGGUUCCUCGCAGCAUCCGGCAGCUCCUCAAGAUCUUGCGCUGUCCGGAACUCCAGGAUCUUGUCGCAGUCACCACUUCUAGCGUCUGCAAGGUGAUUAUGGCUGAUACUUCUCCUGAGGAUACUUUUCCUUCCAGGGCUCAUCGUGAGAAAUCGCUAGACAGGAACAAUCUGGUCAUGUAUAGGGACAGGCUCCAAUUCAGGGCAGAGAGCAGUGACGGAUGGAGGCGUGAGAGAUAUGAGAACUUCGAGGUGAAACGAACAGUUCCAGGGAGCUCUAGCAAGCCUAGCAGAACAAUGAGGCACGAAGGACUUUCAGAGAAGUUGCUAAACAAGCUUUUCAGUGACCCCGGGAAAGGUUUUGCGUCAGCCAUUGUUGGAAGUGCGGUGAGAAACUUGGUGGUGUGUUACUUCGAAGAGAUGGAGCGCAAGGCGGAGCUAGAGAACGAGUCGGCUCCAGAGAUCUUCGAGCUGGGAGCCAACGGGAUCGUGCGAACUCAUGGAAGAUUGAGUGAAGAACCAGGGGAAUGGAAGCCCGCCAGGCUUUUGGAUCUGGCAUGCAGCACCAAAGGAAAAGCCCUUCUCGCGGAGUGCAUACAGAUCUUUGUGGAGGCCACGGUGUCGACGUACUUGGACAAAACGCAGGAGGUGAAUAUGUUUGAGGAGAUGGUGGAAGCGGUGACAAAACCCGUCCACCGAGUUCCGGCCCAAGAAAUGAUCGUGAGUGUUUGCAACGGGGCCGUGGAUACGUUCGUACGAACUUCAUACGAGGUUCUGUCCGAGAGCUCGAAAGAGACGACGCGCCUGGACAUGACACCGGUGAGUUUCAAUAGCAGCGAAGCGGUUUCGGCCUUGCAACAGGAUCCUGGGAAUUUUCUCGAGAAGAUAUUCGGUGCCUUGACGAUUCCAAGCAAUCGCAUGCUCGUCAUGGAUUUAGCUGGAAAAGUGACAGCCGAAGCAGUGAGAUCCUUCUUUGGCCUCGUCAUAGCCGUCUCCGCUCCAUAUGUGAGAAGUUCCAGGGACGUGGUUCAUUCCAAGGCGGCCGUGGUCAGGACUCGUUUCUCUCAAGACGCUGCUACCAAAGUUCUGGUGUGGGUCACAGUGUGCCUUGCCCUGUUCUUACACAUAUUUGUCAACACCAGCAUCUCACUGAAAUGAGAAACAAUCCAGGCCCGGCAUAGAUCCAGCCCAAGCACGAUGUUUAGAACGUCCAGGCCGAGCAUUCCUGAGCUAGCUAGUAGCAAUUCAAUCUUACUGGGGAACUUGGUGGCAUCCAUGUAGAGCUUCACGGAUAUGACUCCAUGCACUAGUAAUCUGGAAGUGAAGUAAGUGAUCCAGUUGAGAAUCCA